AUGCCUCAUAGCCAGUCAGUCAGGAGGUUCUAUAACUCGCUGCCACUCUCUGCCUUUGUACAUGGCUCUAAUCCUACAAGCUUUGGAGAUGGAAUUUGUUUGCCCAGCACCUGCCACAGCAGAACUUGGCUUUUGGACAACUAUCAAGAAAUCCACAAUGAAACCACCAGCUACCAACUGACCGGUUGUGAGCAGGACCACUUCACAGAGGAUAUGUGUGUGGAAAGUUUCUGUCUCCCCAGGGUUGUCCAAACAACUUAUUACAAUUCCAAGCCUUCUGAAAGGAUAUCAUGUCAAUCAAGAAGUUCUUUGGCAGUGUCAGAAAAUGUUUCUCAGUCUUGCCAGUCACCAAGAAGUCACCAAGUGGGUUUUGGAUCCCAGCACUGCCAAUCCAAGAGCUACAUGACUUAGUGUUGUACACUAAAUACUUCUGUGUCUCACAGUUGCCAGACUCUGGAAUAUGACUCCAGCCAAUGCCAAUGUCAGAUCUCUGAAUCCAGUUCCUGUAGCCCACUGGUCAGUGUUGCCCCUGGGCCACAACUCCCGGAAUUCUACGAGCCAGCUUGCUGUAUUACUGGUGGUUUGCAGUUGCCUAGUAAAUGA